AUGAGUGGUCCCAACUUGACUCGCAAUAUCUCCUAUGGACGAGGAGGCGCAGGGAACAUUGCGCCGCCUCAACGAUCCACCACGCCCAAGGAUCUGGUCACACCGACAAUCAAGCAAGAAGUGUACACGACCGGUCGAGGAGGAUCCGGAAAUAUGGUUCAGAACGAUCCGCAGCAUCCAGAGCUUGCGCGCGAAAGUCAAGAUGUCGAGUCGCCGCCAUUGCGCGCGGAGCAAUUCCCGCAUCAUACGGGCCGAGGUGGCGCCGCGAAUGCCUACAUUCCCACGCCGGAGGAGGAACAGUCGGCGCGAAAGGAGGAGGCCGAGCUGGUUCGCGUGCGCACACAAUCACGAGAUCGUCUCAAGGAGAUAGAACUCAAGCGGCAAGAAGAACGUCAUGGAUCGCCUGCUUCCUAA